AUGGCGUCACGAGGAUCCGGCUUGAUCAGAAACUUCCAUGUUCCCAGUGACCCACCUUCAUCCAUGAUACCUUCAAACUCAAACUUAUCGGUCAAGAACCAGGGUAGUGCGAGACCAUCGUCAAGUCUAUCAUCACGACCACCUUCUGGAACAACUUCCCGUACGCCAACUUCCUUCCAACGACCGAUCUCCAGCCUUUCGACCCGACCAGGAUCCAGUGCUUCAACUCGUCCCCAGUCACGCUUUUCUCAGCGACCAAGCUCACGGCAUGCACGUUCGCGGUUGAUUCCCAUAUGUCAGACACUCGUGACUCAGUUGACUGGCUUGAAGGAGGACGGAACGGAGCAGGACGCCGAUGGAGAGACGUUUCGUGAACAGGUGGAAUAUGCCGUGAAGAAUCUUGAGGCGAUCACGAUUAGCAAGGCAUCUGCGAGCACGGAUAUGACUGUUGUGGAUAAGCAGAUCAGUGGACAUGCAUUGAAAGCCAGGCUCAAUUCGAGAGACGCGCUGGGGAAGGCGUUGCAGUCCGCAUAUAAUCGUCUCAAAACCCAUAUUGCUCAACAGGAGAUGGAUCUCGACCACGAUAUUAAGACCGCUCAUAUACCUGAUCAUUUGCAAUUCCUGCUAGCACUCAGCUGGCCACCCACAGACGGCACUGUCGAAAUCGCAAAGACCCUUCUCGAAACAGCCGCGAACCCUCCUCCACCGCCUCCAACGCUUACAUGGGCAGACAUCCUCGCCGAAGAGCCGUUCGAAGGCGAGCACUGGGAAGGCGUAUACGGGCUUCCUACAGGCAGCGUGCGUCAAGAGCCAGGAAAGAAGCCAAAAGACAAGGAGCGAGAUGAGUGGGAUAGCACACCUUCACUCUCACCUCUGAAUUCAGAUGACUUGGCUCUGGACGAAGAGGAUUCAGGAGAAGACUCUUUCGCAUCUGACGGCUCUUAUGACGAUCAGAAUCGAGCUACGUCUCCGGUCCCAGUGGAGGAUGAACACGAGAAACCCAAAGAGAGGAUACCUCACUGCUCGUUUGAGCAUAGGAAGCAAUUGGAAGAGCUUCAGAAGAGGCAGUAUUGGAGGGAGGAUUGGCAGACUGACGCACGUGUAGAAGCAAAGUUUGAUUUGGGAGAACCUUCGACAUUAGGUCCUACUCUCAACAGAGUUCUCGCUGAAGCCAGCGGAUUCCAGGAUGCUCAGGCUAUGUUGAAGCCAGAGAGGUACAUCGAUGAAGAAGACAUGGUUCGAGAGGUACUCAUGGCCCUGCAAGGGAAUAAGAAUGUCGUCCUUACAUGGCUGGACGGAGAAUUCAAGAUGACCACAAGCACUCCACGUUUAAUCCAUCUAAGCCUGGCCUCACAAGAGUCGAUCAUCUCCUCCUUGGCAGAAACAGCGACGAUAGCACAGCAAUUACGCCGAUUCGCUUGUGCUGUUUUCUCGCAAUCCAUUUCCCGUUCAAACCUUCCAGACUCACAGUAUGCACAAGGCAAGCGACCCUCGACGACACGAACUUGCGAGGCCUUUGCGGACGCCGUCGACCACACGGUUCGUGGUUUCGACGCUUGGUGUGCAGCGCAUGAAGAAGCGAUGUGUCGCGCCAGUGCAGGCAUCGAGGAGGAGCCGCUCGUUGUGAGCCUCUUAAGCACUGAAAAGGCCAUCAGAGACGAAUAUGCGACCUUGUUCGAGGUCCUCCUCGACAUUAUUAACAAAGUCUUUGACGUUCAGCCAGGCGAAGACAUUUCCUCUAUUUUCGACAAUUCUUCAAGCACGACUGCUAAAUCAGCUAAAAGACAGCCCGCAGCACUUACUGCUCUAUUGCUGGACACGCUCUUCGCGAAUGUGCAACAACAUCUAGAGAGACGGGACCAUGUGACUGGCAAUGGGCUUAUGCGGGUUUUCGUGACGACCACAGAGCCUGUAUGGGACAUGGUGGGAAGGUGGCUACGCGAUGGUAUGGGUUACAGCCUCGGCGUCGGUUCAGGAGGCACCGCGGCCAGUGGCUCAGAGCUAGAAGACGAGUUCUUUAUUGAGAGCAGCGGUGUCGGUGUCGGCAUGAUGGGUCUAGGUCUGCUCGACCCAGAAUUUUGGCAAGAGGGAUACUCGCUAAGGGAAGGGGUGGCUGAGGGACUGGGAGGCGAAGAAGAUUUGUCAAGUUCGGCCCUAGUGACCCCUAUGAACGUCAGGAGGAAGGCGAUCCCGCUCUUCCUUGAACACGUCGCUGAUCUCGUCCUGGGUACGGGCAAGGCAGUCGGCCUGAUGCGGGCCCUGGACGGGCCAUCAUCAGAGACAACCUCUGCGAAAUCAUUCAAGGAUUGGGGAUCAUUUUCCGACUUUAUCAACCUUGGAGUAAAUCCCAGCAAUGCUGAGGAUCAUGAUCAAGGAGCUAUCAAUGGCUUUGGGAGCGAAGCCCACGCAGACCUCUUUUCCGUCUCCAUCGACACUCUGUCAAGCCUUAUCUACGAUGGGCUUUUGCCCCAUUGCCAAGCUACAAGUACGGGGCUCGUUCGGGUGCUUGUGGAUGAUUGUGCUCUGUGGAAACACCUCGGAGCAAUCGAGGAUCUGUUCCUGAUGCGCAAAGGCGAUGCGAUGAGCCACUUUGUCGACGUGCUGUUUACGAAGAUGGACUCGCAGCAACCGUGGGGCGAUUUACACUUUCUGAAUACGGCGUUCGGGGAGGUCAUGGAAGCCAACUCCGCUGCUGGGGCCAAGGAGUGGAUCAACGCCGCCCUGGUACGAUUCACGUAUCGCGGAAGCAGGGAAAAGGACCGCUCGAUCAGGAGGACGGUAAAAGCGAUUGAUGGCCUUGUCGUGGAAUACGCAGCACCGUUUCCUUUGACGUAUAUCUUCCAGCCAAAUACGAUACAGGGGUACAGCGAGAUCUUCGCGUUCUUGUUGCAGAUCCGCAGGGCGAAAAGCGUGCUGGAGCGAAUUUUGGUUAGGGAUGAACGUGGAAGGGGCAAGAGACUCAGGGAGGAGCUAAAGGUUUUCUAUGCCAUGCGGAGUCGACUGAGUUGGUUCAUUAACACAUUAUUGAACUUCUUGACGACAUACGUCAUUCACGCCGAAGUAUCGCGGUUCCAUGAGUCCUUCCACAAAGCACAGUCACUUGACGAAAUGAUCCAGCUCCACAACGCCCAUCUCGAAAAAAUCCGAGGCAGGUGUCUGCUGAAACCAAAUACUUCCGCGCUGCACAGGGCCAUCCUCUCGGCCCUCGACAUGUGCCUGCAUUUCAGUGAAGGAUUCGUCACAUUCGCAGGCGACACAACAGCGACCCUAGACGUCUCGCGGCAGUCGAGUAUUAUGAAACGACAUCGCAGCCGCAGACAACGACGCCAGAGAAAGAACGUUAUCGCCUUUUCCCAGGUUCUCCAAGAAGAGGAAGAAGACAGCUCGGAUGAUGACGAAGAAGGGGAUGCUCCGGAUCCAGCGGAUGGUCCAGCAAAGCCUUCAUAUUCCAUGCUAAGCAAUUCGACGACUUCUGCAGACGAGGACUUCUUCGCUCGCGUGGAGCGGAUGGCCUCUGAGCUGGACGGCCUCGUCCGGUUCCUUCGUCGGGGUGUCGAGAGUUUGGCGGGUGGGACAAGCGAGGCAGCGCCUGCAUUUGGCGUUCUGGCGUUUGCUCUGGAAGACUGGGACAUCUAG